AUGAUUGAUUCUGAUGACUUAUUUUUGUGGCAAAAUUGGGAAGACUUUAAUGUUAGAUUUUUAGCAUUAAAAUUUUGUUUACUUUCUGUUUAUGGAUAUAAAGAAAUUUACGGAAGUGAUUUUUUAAAAGGUGCAUAUUGUGGUGAUAUGCUUAAAAAUAUUGUCAUAAAGAUUCCAGAAUGGAAUACUAUUGAAGUUCAUUUUAUAAAAGAAAGGUUUCCAGGAGACGGUUCUUGGACAGUCACAGAUCUAUAUUCUAAUGAAAAGCUUUUAAUAAAGGAGAAAAAUCUUGCAGUUUAUAAAAAUGGAGAGGCAGCACCAUUUGAUGGGUUUAGUUAUAUUCAACUUAAAACUACCAACAACAAAGAUGUAAUAAUGGCUUGCUUACAAACUAAAUGGAGAAAGUUAGAAACUGCACAACCUCAGAAGAUUACAAUAAGUAUGAUUAAAAAAGAAUAUGAAUCUACGAAAAUGGCACUUGCUGAUAAACUUAAUCUUCAAGAUGAUGAUUUUAUUUUUCUUUUAUUAUAG